GCCGCUUCUUCCAUGCUGACGACCCUUAAGGUGGUCUGCUGUCACAUUUAAUAUUUGGUUUUCCGGUGUUUUGUUUUCCAAAAUUUCUGUGAACGAAAAUGGGAAUUCUGGAAAAAAUUUCCGAGAUUGAGAAGGAGAUCGCACGCACUCAGAAAAACAAAGCUACUGAAUACCAUUUGGGUUUGCUAAAGGCUAAAUUAGCCAAAUAUCGCUCUCAACUUUUGGAACCAUCAAAAAAGGCUGGAGAGAAAGGAGAGGGUUUUGAUGUACUCAAGUCAGGAGAUGCCAGAGUGGCAUUGAUUGGAUUCCCAUCAGUCGGCAAGUCUACCCUUCUUUCAACGUUAACCAAGACCCAAAGUGAAGCAGCAUCCUAUGAGUUUACUACAUUAACUUGUAUUCCUGGAGUUAUCGAGUAUAAAGGAGCCAACAUCCAAUUAUUGGAUCUGCCUGGUAUCAUUGAAGGAGCUUCACAGGGAAAAGGCAGAGGAAAGCAGGUUAUUGCUGUUGCGAGAACAGCUGAUUUAGUAUUGAUGAUGCUUGAUGCUACUAAAGGAGACGUGCAAAAAACAUUACUUCAAAAAGAAUUGGAAAGUGUAGGUAUCAGAUUGAAUACAAAAAAACCUAACAUCUAUUUCAAGCACAAAAAAGGUGGAGGUAUCGCUUUUAAUGCCGUUUGUCCGUUGACUAAAGUGGAUGAAAAACUGGUUCAACUAAUUUUGCAUGAAUAUAAAAUUUUCAAUGCCGAAGUCUUGUUCCGUGAAGAUUGCUCGGCGGACGAUCUGAUUGAUGUGAUAUCUGGCAAUCGGAUCUAUCUGUCUUGCCUUUACGUCUAUAACAAAAUCGAUCAGAUUUCUUUGGAAGAAGUCAACAGGAUUGCACGGUCACCUCAUUCAGUCGUAGUCAGCUGUAACAUGAAGCUGAACCUCGACUUCUUACUGGAGACGCUCUGGGAGUACUUGGCGUUCAUUCGAGUUUACACGAAGAAACCUGGUCAGCCGCCAGAUUUCAACGACUGCUUAAUUCUAAGGCGUGGCGUUACUGUGGAACAUGUGUGUCAUUCGAUUCACCGCACCUUGGCUCAAGUUUUGAAAUACGCGCUAGUUUGGGGAACAAGCGCAAAGUUUAAUCCACAACGAGUCGGUGCACACCAUAUAGUGCACGAUGAAGAUGUAAUUCAAAUUGUGAAGAAAUGAACACUCCGCAUUAGGAUCGUGCAGAAGUUCAGUUUCCAAAAACAAGGGACAACUUUUCGUUAUCGUUGGCUUGAAAAUCUAAAUAAAAAAAAUGAAAGAUUCUCAAAAUCUUAGAUACAACCAAAUUGUAUCGAAAUAAUCACCUAAGGGGAUUUUCAAUGUGAAUUCUUGAUAAAACUUGGAGAAGUCUUGGAACAUGUUUUCUAAAUUA